AUUUGUUUCAUCCUUCAACUCUUUUCCCGUUGCUAAUAACUAACAACACAAGUACACAACUCACACCGUCACACAAGAUGGUCGCUAUGUUCCUCUCUUCAAUAACUCCUCUCUUUGAAAACCUUAACCAUUACUACACCAACAACAACACCACACCCUUCCUCAUAAUUGCUUUCACCGUCAUCUCCGCACUAACAUGGCUCCUCUUCCUCAGGCCCAACAUGGCCCACCGCAACCUCCCACCCGGCCCACCGGGCCUCCCCAUCUUCGGCAACCUCCUCUCCCUUGACCCAGACCUCCACACCUACUUCUUAUCCCUGGCCCAUACCUACGGCCCAAUCUUCAAGAUCCAGCUUGGCAGCAAGCUAGGCAUCGUCAUAACCUCUCCUUCGAUGGUCCGCGAAGUCCUCAAGGAACACGACUCCGUUUUCGCCAACCGCGACGUCCCUGCCGCUGGAAGAGCCGCCACCUACGGCGGAGCUGACAUCGCAUGGACACCAUACGGCCCCGAGUGGCGUAUGCUGAGAAAAGUAUGCGUCCUCAAGAUGCUGAGCAACAACACUCUCGACUCCGUCUACGAGCUCCGCCGGAAUGAGGUCCGAAAAAUGGUCGGGUUCUUGCACGAUCGGGUCGGUUCAGAGGUGAACGUUGGGGAGCAAGUGUUCCUAACUGUGCUGAAUGUGAUAACGGAGAUGAUGUGGGGAGGGGCGGUGGAGGGGCAGGAGAGGGAGGGAUUGGGGGCGGAAUUCAGGGAAGUGGUGGCGGAGAUGACGCACCUACUUGGGAAGCCGAACGUGUCGGAUUUUUUUCCCGCGUUGGCACGGUUUGAUUUACAGCGGGUGGAGAAGCAGAUGCACGCGCUGGUGCCGCGGUUCGAUGGGAUCUUCGAGAGGAAGAUUGGCGAGAGGGUGAAAGAAGGGAACAAGAAGAGCAAUGAUUUCUUGCAGUUUCUGUUGAACUUGAGGGAGGAAGCUGACUCCAAGACUCCACUCACCAUGGUUCAGCUCAAGGCAUUACUCAUGGACAUGGUGGUGGGUGGAUCUGACACAUCCGCUAACACAAUCGAAUUUGCUAUGGCUGAAAUGAUAAAAAAUUCAGAGGUAAUGAAGAAAGUCCAAGAAGAACUAGAAGCAGUGGUUGGCAGAGACAACAUGGUAGAAGAAUCACACAUUCACAAGCUACCUUACUUGUGUGCAGUAAUGAAAGAAACCCUUCGAUUGCACCCAGCACUUCCACUCUUAAUCCCUCACCGCCCCAGUGAAACCACCACCAUCGGAGGAUACACAGUUCCAAAGGAUUCUCGCGUGUUCGUGAACGUGUGGGCCAUACACAGAGACCCUUCUAUUUGGGACAAUCCACUUGAGUUUGAUCCUACUAGGUUCUUGAGGGAUGAUGAUGGUGGUGCCAACAAAUGGGAUUUUAGUGGCAGUGACUUCACGUAUUUCCCAUUUGGUUCCGGAAGAAGAAUAUGUGCUGGGAUCGCAAUGGCUGAAAGGACAGUUCUGUAUUUUCUUGCCACCCUUGUGCAUUCCUUUGACUGGAGGGUAAUUGAUGGUGAAAAACUUGAUAUAUCAGAAAAGUUUGGUAUUGUUCUUAAGAAGAAGACACCUUUAGUUGUUAUUCCCAAGUUACGACUAUCUAAUUUAGGUCUUUAUAAGUAGAAUUACUUAUUCACGUAAUUAAUGAUCAAUAUUCGAAUGAUGAA